CGCUGUGGCAUCAUAGGUUACCUAAAGGCAAGAUCCAAACACAAAUGGGCAGUCAAUGAAAAAAACUCCAGAAACGUGGCAAAUUUCUUCCGUAGUUGUUCUGAAAAACGAACAGGACAGUGGAGGAAAACAGAGGGUAAACGAAAUAGAAGAAGGGAAAGGGAGGAAGCUCACUGGGAUGAGGUCUUGGGAGAGGAGAGGAGUUAGGGUCUGCCCACCAUUACUUUGUUUAAAAUACCUUAGUGGCCGGCCAGGGCGGAUGAGGGGCGACUGCUACGGUGCACGGCUCUGCUAGAGCCGGGAGGGCCCCCUCCCCUCUGACUUGGUAAAGGAUGGGGUGCAAGCGUUCGCUCUUCCCCUUGCCCCAGUGCUGCUGCUGGACCUUCUGAGAAAGCAGGCGCAGGGCUCCAGGAAUCCAGUGCCAAGGGAGUGCUGUGCUGAGUCCCCGCGCCUGGCCGUGGUAGCGGCCGACAGGUCGCGGCAGAGGAGUCGGGCAUCUGCUACUCCAGCUUUGGCUAAAGGAGAACUCGAGCAUCCAUCCUGCCUCCCUCCCCACACUCCCAUCCCCCUCCCGAGGCCCCUCCACUGAGACUAGUGGCCGCUGCCCCUUUAAGCGCAGCCACUCCUCCCCCCAGAGCGGUGGCACCAAAGGAGUGGGGAGGGGGCAGGCUGAGAGUCCGCGUCCCUUCCACCGGGAAGAUGGCCCAGGCUGGGGGGCUCGCUCCCACGCCCCGCUGCCCCCGCCCCUGAGCCGGGCGAUCUGGGAGACUCCCUCCCUGGGUCCCUCCCGCCCCACGCGCGGCGAGGGGAUGGCUCCGUGGCCUCACGGGAACGGCUCUCUGGCCUCGUGGCCAGACGCCCCCACCCUGGCGCCCCAUACCGCCAACGCGAGUGGGCUGCCAGGGGUGCCGUGGGCGGCGCUGGCGGGGGCGCUGCUGGCGCUGGCGGUGCUGGCCACCGUGGGAGGCAACCUGCUGGUGAUCGUGGCCAUCGCCCGGACGCCGAGACUCCAGACCAUAACCAACGUGUUCGUGACGUCGCUGGCAGCGGCCGACCUGGUAAUGGGGCUCCUGGUGGUGCCGCCGGGGGCCACCUUGGCGCUGACUGGCCACUGGCCGUUGGGCGCCACUGGGUGCGAGCUGUGGACGUCGGUGGACGUGCUGUGCGUGACGGCCAGUAUCGAGACGCUGUGCGCCCUGGCCGUGGACCGCUACUUGGCCGUGACCAGCCCGCUGCGCUACGGCGCCCUGGUCACCAAGCGCCGCGCCCGGGCAGCCGUGGUGCUGGUGUGGCUCGUAUCCGCCGCGGUGUCGUUUGCGCCCAUCAUGAGCCAGUGGUGGCGCGUAGGGGCCGACGCCGAGGCGCAGCGCUGCCACGCCAAUCCGCGCUGCUGCGUCUUCGCCUCCAACAUGCCCUACGUGCUGCUCUCCUCCUCCGUGUCCUUCUACCUUCCGCUUCUGGUGAUGCUCUUCGUGUACGCGAGAGUGUUCGUCGUGGCUACGCGCCAGCUGCGCGCGAUGCGCGGGGAGCUGGGCCGCUUUCCGCCGGAGGAGUCUCCGCCGGCUGCGUCGCGCCCUCGGUCCCCAGCCUCGGCGGGGACGUGCGCCUCGCCCGAGGGAGGGCCCUCCUGCGGCCGGCGGCCCGCGCGCCUGCUGCCUCUCCGGGAACACCGGGCCCUGCGCACCCUGGGGCUCAUCAUGGGCACCUUCACUCUCUGCUGGUUGCCCUUCUUCCUGGCCAACGUGCUGCGCGCCCUCGGGGGCCACUCUCUAGUCCCCAGCCCGGCAUUCCUCGCCCUUAACUGGCUGGGCUAUGCCAACUCCGCCUUCAACCCGCUCAUCUACUGCCGCAGCCCGGACUUUCGCAGCGCCUUCCGCCGUCUGCUGUGCCGCCGCCGGCGGGAGGAGCCCCGCGCCGCCUCCUCCCCGGCCCGCGUCCCCUCGGGCGCCCCCGCAGCCCUGCGCAGCCCCGCGCAGUCCAGGCAGUGCCCGCCGCUCGACGGGUUUCAUGGCUAUGAAGGUGACAAUCCACUUCGGGUGUGAAGGACAGACAAGAACAGGGGCCCCUGGCUUCCUGGGGAGUUUCUUAGGCCUUAAGGACAAGAAUCAACAAACUCCGUUGACCCAGAACCUUCAGAAAGCCUCUGGCCUCUGUACAGAAUGAGCCCGGAAUUCCCCAGCUGCAAACUCUGCCCUCCAGAGCCCCAUGGUUGGACGGCGGCAUGGGGAGGGCCUCCCUCCCAAGUGGGGUUCACACCCUCUCCCUCUCUCUUUUGAGAGGAGGUUUCUAAACCCCACCCUGGACUUCACUGCUACCUUGGAAGUAGCCCUCAGCCGCCCUGGAACAGCCGGGCUGGCCUGGGUAGGGGCACCUGUCACCUUGUGCACGUGUGUGCUUCAUGCUCAGGGCAGAGAGAGCACUUUGGUUCCCUUAAUGCUGCUACCAGACCCUGAUGAGCCACUCUGGGUUGUAGGCACGGUGGCCCAGGAGGAGAGCAGUAGGCUAGACAAGGUCAAGGUUUGGGGUUUAUCCUGGGCUCCCUCUGCAAACACCAGCUCCUCUCACUUUAGCCACGGAACAGCUCUGAUCUACCUCACAGUGUCAGGAAGACGUCUCCAGGGUUCGGGGGGGGGACUCCAGGGUUCAUAGGAAGGUGAACCAUUAGAACGGAUCCCUUAUUUUCCUUUUAAAAUCAAAUUAAUAAAUAUUCCUGAAUGCAGUUUA